AAUGAAUCAAUAAUUCUUUGGUAAUUCAAGAUUAGCAAUACAAAGAGCAUAAUAACUUCACUAAUUCUUCACUUAAUCAGUGAUAUAUGAUCAAUUCAAAUAUACAGCUAAAAUGCCAUAAUAUCCUAAAAUUGUAUUUUUACAAUCAAAUCAAUUUUUCAGAAAUCUUGUUGAAAAGUAAUUUAAUUAUUAGAUAAUAGAUAAUUCCUUUAAUAUUCAAUAAUUGAUGCUUAAAAAUCAAGUGGAGAAGUAAAAUUUAUAUUUAUCCAAAAGGACGGGUUAGCUAGAUUAGCAGAAUAAGUAUAAUUAUAAUCUACAUAAACAAAUGGUGCUUUAUUAUUUGGAUUCCCAAAUACAACAGUUGAAGCAGAAAGGUACUUGAAAAAAGAAUAAAAAAUAAUUUUAGACUUGAUCGAUUAUUAGAUGGAGUUAAUUUAGCUGUUAGAUUUAGAUUAUCUGAAUCAUUAAUUAAGAAAAUAGCAGGAUCUUUUCUUUCAUGUUAAUCUUGUGGUAAAGUUUUCAAUACUAGUUUACCAUUCAUUACUCCUACUCAUCCAGGAUACUAAAAUAAUGUAUAUAUUUAAAAUAGAUUUUAUUUUAGUGUUAAACACCAAGUAAAUGUGCUUUAGAAUCAAGUUAAGCUCCAAUUGAUUAAGUCAAUUCUGAAAUUAUUGAAUACUAUCAAAAGAAAGUAAAAAAUAGAUUAAUAAUUUAUAGGGUGCUUAUCUUGAAUAUGAAAUUAAUGAAGAUCAUUUAUAGUAUGAUUCAUAAGAAUUCUUUGAAAAAUUAGAUAAUGCUGUUGCAUCACAUAUUAAAGUUUGA